UAUCUGCCGCGUCGUGCGAUUGGUUUCUGGAAAUUCGAUGCAGUGGCGAAAUUCGUCAUGGAGAAAUAAUUUUAGACCUCAAUCAAGUAUUGUUGACUCAAGGGACUAACUUUAAGUGUGUGUGAGUUUUAUGCAGACUGUUAACCGUGAAUUGAAUAUGAUAACUAAAAUGCAACCUCAAGCGAAUGUUGCCGUGCCACAAUCUGUCACAACGCAGCCCCAACAAAUAGUCGGUGUUCCAGCGAAUGCCGUGAUCCUGAAAAUGUCGGAUAUUCAGCAAAUAUCUACAGUGGGACUAUUGGAACUGGCACAUCGUGAGUACCAAGCGGGAGAUUAUGAAAGCGCAGAACUGCAUUGCAUGCAGCUAUGGCGUCAGGAUGGCACGAACACUGGUGUUCUCCUUCUGCUGUCUUCCAUCCACUUCCAGUGUCGCCGGCUGGACAAGUCUGCGCACUUCUCCACACUGGCUAUCAAACAGAAUCCUUUACUUGCAGAAGCUUACAGUAACCUAGGCAAUGUGUACAAAGAGAGAGGACAACUCCAAGAGGCAUUGGAGAACUACAGGCACGCGGUGAGGCUAAAGCCUGACUUCAUUGAUGGGUACAUCAACCUGGCCGCGGCCCUUGUGGCUGCCGGGGACAUGGAACAGGCCGUCCAAGCUUACGUCACUGCAUUACAGUAUAACCCUGACCUUUACUGCGUUAGGAGCGACUUGGGCAAUUUGCUCAAGGCUCUCGGCCGCCUGGACGAGGCUAAGGCUUGUUACUUGAAAGCCAUAGAAACGAGGCCAGACUUUGCAGUCGCAUGGAGUAACUUGGGAUGCGUGUUUAACGCACAAAGUGAGAUCUGGUUGGCAAUACACCACUUUGAAAAAGCAGUGGCCUUGGACCCUAAUUUCUUGGAUGCUUACAUCAACUUGGGAAACGUUCUCAAGGAGGCGAGAAUAUUUGACAGGGCUGUAGCGGCUUACUUACGCGCUCUAAAUCUAUCGCCUAAUAACGCCGUCGUCCACGGCAAUCUGGCGUGCGUAUACUAUGAACAAGGACUGAUUGACUUGGCUAUCGACACAUACAGGCGGGCCAUAGAACUGCAACCCAACUUCCCUGACGCGUAUUGUAACUUGGCAAAUGCCCUAAAAGAGAAAGGCCAAGUGGCUGAUGCGGAGGAGUGCUACAAUACAGCUCUACGACUAUGCCCCUCCCACGCAGAUUCGCUCAAUAACUUGGCCAAUAUCAAACGCGAGCAAGGUUUUAUCGAAGAAGCGACGCGGCUGUAUCUGAAAGCACUAGAAGUGUUCCCAGAAUUCGCUGCUGCUCACAGCAACUUAGCCUCUGUACUGCAACAGCAAGGCAAGCUCAAUGAAGCUCUCAUGCAUUACAAGGAGGCGAUCCGGAUUCAACCGACUUUCGCCGAUGCCUACAGCAACAUGGGCAAUACCCUCAAGGAAAUGCAAGACGUGGCUGGUGCCUUACAGUGCUACACUAGAGCCAUUCAAAUUAACCCUGCGUUCGCCGACGCUCACAGCAACCUGGCUAGCAUCCACAAAGACUCGGGCAAUAUCCCCGAGGCUAUACAGUCAUAUAGAACGGCACUGAAGCUCAAGCCAGAUUUCCCUGAUGCAUAUUGCAACCUGGCCCACUGUCUUCAGAUUGUGUGCGACUGGACGGACUACGAAGCGCGCAUGAAGAAGUUGGUCAGUAUUGUCGCCGAACAACUCGAAAAGAAUAGGCUCCCGUCGGUUCAUCCGCAUCACUCGAUGCUUUAUCCGUUGACGCACGACUUCAGGAAAGCGAUCGCGGCUCGCCACGCUAACUUGUGUUUGGAAAAAGUCCAGGUUCUCCACAAGCCACCUUACAAGUUCCCACGCGAGUUACAAGGCCGACUCCGCAUCGGCUACGUGAGCAGUGACUUCGGGAACCACCCGACUUCUCAUUUGAUGCAAUCGGUACCUGGACUUCACGAUCGUACUAAGGUUGAAAUCUUCUGCUAUGCUCUAAGCCCAGAUGAUGGCACGACCUUCCGCUCCAAGAUCGCUAGGGAAGCGGAGAACUUCAUUGAUCUCUCCCAAAUGCCGUGCAACGGGAAAGCCGCUGACAAAAUAUAUGGUGACGGUAUUCACAUUCUUGUCAACAUGAAUGGUUACACGAAAGGCGCGAGGAAUGAAAUAUUCGCGUUGAGGCCAGCACCAGUUCAGGUCAUGUGGCUGGGCUACCCUGGAACGAGUGGCGCGAGUUAUAUGGACUAUUUGGUCACAGAUGCAGUCACAUCCCCAGUAGAACUGGCCAGUCAAUACAGCGAGAAGUUAGCUUACAUGCCGCAAACAUACUUCGUUGGUGACCACAAGCAAAUGUUCCCGCACUUGCAGGAGCGCCUUAUUCUGAGCGACAAAGUGAAGUCUCAUAACAGCUUGGGCAUUGUAGCCGACAAUGUAGCGGUAAUAAACGCUACUGACCUCUCGCCGUUGGUGGAAACUACGGAUAUCAAAGAAAUCAAGGAAGUGGUCAGGGCAGCAAGGCCUGUGGAAAUUUCACUGAAAGUGGCGGAAUUGCCUACUACUACUCCAAUCGAAACUAUGAUCGCUUCGGGACAAGUUCAGACAUCAGUCAACGGCGUAAUCCUCCAAAACGGCCUAGCAACGACUCAGACCAACAACAAAGCGGCGACAGGCGAGGAAGUGCCACAGUCUAUCGUUAUCACGACGCGGCAGCAAUACGGCUUACCAGACGAGGCUGUAGUGUACUGCAACUUCAACCAGCUGUACAAGAUCGAUCCGCUGACGCUGCAUAUGUGGGUGUACAUUCUGAAGCACGUGCCUAACAGUGUACUGUGGCUGUUAAGAUUCCCAGCCGUGGGCGAGCCGAAUCUACAAGCCACUGCGCAGCAACUGGGUCUCCCGCCCGGCCGAAUAAUCUUCUCCAACGUAGCAGCGAAGGAGGAGCACGUGCGACGCGGUCAACUAGCGGACGUGUGCCUCGACACGCCGCUGUGUAAUGGACAUACCACCAGCAUGGACAUAUUGUGGACUGGCACGCCUGUUGUCACGCUGCCUGGCGAGACGCUAGCCUCCAGAGUGGCAGCUUCACAACUUAACACACUUGGAUGCCCCGAGCUGAUUGCGAGGACAAGACAAGAAUAUCAAGACAUAGCUGUAAGACUAGGAACUGAUAGGGAAUAUUUAAAAGCGAUCCGCGCGAAAGUGUGGACGGCCCGGACGGAGAGCCCAUUGUUCGACUGCAAGGCGUACGCGACCGGCCUGGAAAUGCUAUACUCGCGCAUGUGGCAGCGGUUCGCGCGAGGCGACCGCCCCGACCACAUACAGGCCGCGGACAAAUAGGCGAGCGCGCCCGCCAACUCCGCCAAGAAGCGACGCUGGUGCUAAGCGGACACAGACCUGAUCAGUACGUUUGUUUCGUGGUAGUGGCUAUACUAAGACUCGUGUACACAUCAGACUAAAUUUUAGUGCUAAAAUCGCUCUUAUUACUUACAGGGCAGAUAUGUACCAUCUUAGACUGCAUCUCACUUAACACCAGGUGCGAUUGCGGUCAAAUACCUGCCUUGGCUAGCAUAAAAAAAAAAAAAAAAAAGUAAAUAAGAUGCCGCAGUGGUUAGUUUGAUGCCGUCGUCUGAACUAUAAUGUGUCAGUAUGCGCAUGAGUUUGUCUUGUUGAUGACUACGUAAUUCCAUGAGAAAUACGCAAUUGAUGUUUAUAGCUUUGUCAAUGGAGACGAGCGCUGAGACACGUGGGUAGCGAAGGGACACGUCCCUAUUUUAUACCCAUAUAAAUUUAACUCUUGCGCAUAUUUUAUAAUGAUACAGUGGUUUAAAGUCCACCACACUUCCAUUUGCACUGUAGUCUUGUCACUUAUACUGUGCUGGUCCAUUAGAAUGACAGCAGAAACGACCAGAUUUUUGUGUAACAAAAUUGUUUAUUUGCUAUUUAUAAACUGAUCAGGUCUGAUGUUAUUGCUUAACAGAGUGACUGUGAACAAAAUGACUCUUGAACAAAGUGAUAAGUGAGGAUCGUGCAGAAAAGAAGGCAGAACUGAAGGACAUUUUGUAGUGUUAGCAUUAACAUUUUAAGCAAUAUCUAAAAUUGGAAGCCACAGGAUCAUCCACAAACAUGUCGUUUUGACAGUUUUCUAGUCAAGGGCCAACAAAUAGGUUUCAAGCCUAUUGAUCUAAAAUAUUUGCCCCAUUGUGUAGUGAUCUUUUGCUAAUUGCAAGUAGAAAACUUUUUUACUUUUGUGUCAAUAUGUAACCAUUAGAGUAAAGAGUUGUGGCCUUGCUGUGCUUACUUAAUGUGUCGAAAAAUAGAAUUCACGAGUUUCCCAGUCAGAUACCAAAUCGAGACAAAAAUUCAAUGGGUUUAAAAUGAACUUUAGUAUGAAUACUAUGUGAAAUCUCUCUUGGUAGUUGAUAUUAAUGUGGCUGUGUGAAACUUUUAUGUAAAGUUAUUGCCAACAUAUAUUUUUCUAUUAACAUUAUUGAGUCAGCAGCACCAUUAUUGACUGCAUUUGUCCCACUUUGGCUGUUUACAAACUUUUGCUUAUACCAUUACCAUAAGUAUAUUGUAUUCAUAAGACACUAGGACAUCUUAGGCAACGUAGUAUUGUAAGUAAGUAUCAUCAACUACUAAGCAAUACCAUCGCAAUUGGGAUCUUGCUUUGAAUGAAAGGAAUUGAGAAUGUAUUUUGAAAGAUCUGUCUCUUUAUCUACUUGUGACGAAAUUCAAUUAACGUUAGGAAUAUCUAUAUUUUUUCUAUAGAAAAGUUUUACUUAAAACUUUAUUUUUAUAUUAUAUCGUGUGACUGCUUUUGUAGGUUUUAGCUGUGCGAUAUAACCAUGAAAUUGGAAGACAUGAUUUGUUAUUAACUAACAUAAAAUUAAAUAUAAUUUAUUUUUCUCUAUUUUUGAUUUAAUGUGCUGUUGUGUUAUGGAUUUUUUUUUAAAUCGUAUCAAACAUGUUGAUAACUUUUUAUGAAUGCUUAACUUUUCUCAUUUAGACAUGAUCGAGAGGAUUGUUGUAAGACGACUGUAAGCCUAGGCACAGAACACCGAUUUUUUGUCGGUCGAUAGUUCAGUCGGGCAGAUAAGUAUGGGAAUGCGUGGAAGUGCGCUCAUUACAACGAUUGAUUCAUACAAAUUAGAAUCGGGCCCAACUAUUGGCCGACUAAAAAUCGAUGGUCUGCGCCUACGCUUAGGUUUUGACACAUCACAUUAGACAAUAGACAACUGAGUUCCUUGAUGAUAAAGAUCAAAACUGUUUUAAUAUACAUUAACAGUUAUUUUAAAACACAAGUUGUAAAGAAUGUUUUGCAACCAUUCUCAGGCACUGAGCAAAGUUAUGAAUACAAGAAAUGUUUUUAAAACUGAUUGAAUGUUAUGAGUAGUAUAAUGAGAAAUAGCUAUUAACAAUAUUAAGUCCGCAACCGAUUAAGACUGAAUAUCGAGCACUGGAGCUGAGGCGGCGAAAUUAAUUUCAGUGGUUUUUGUUUGUGGGUGACGUAUAAGGGCUAUAUACUACGGUUAAGUAAUUAUUUGUGAUAGUGUGAUACGAAAAGGCUAUGCUGAUUAAAUUAAGACAGAUAUAGUUUUUUCUGAUAGUAUUAAUAUAGACGAUUUGAAUGCAUUAUGAUGUCCAAGAUAUACCCAUCGAUACUCGACCCAUCAAAGUCAUGUGUGUGAUUGAGUAUGAGAAAAUGUAUACAAUGGAGAAUUCAUCGAAUGGUGGUUUUUGUAGAUAGUACUUUAAAAAUAUUUAUGAUGGUUAUUUAUUACGACAUGAUGAAAUUACAGGAUAAACACACUAGCUUUGUUGAUUACAUAAUACUAGCAAUUGUUAAACGAAUACCAGAUUAAGCUUCAAAUGUUAUAAAGUAGAUAUCAUUAAAUUCUAAUGAAAUGUAAUAAAAUUACCUCAAGAAGAAAAGUAAGAAAACACGGGGAGCGUCUAAGAUACAUUUGACAUAAUUAACUAGAUAAAGUAAUACAUACACAUGUAUUAGACGACUGAUGUUUUCUUUUCUAAUCUAAGGAAUAGUACCAUUGUUAGAGACCUAAAUCAAUCAUUAGUGUAAGCUAUAAAAUCGUACCUAAGCGAUACCUCUUUCUUUUAUGAUUCAGUUGAUUUUAAAAUUGUAAAUAUGAAACUCUUUUUAACUCCAAAUAUAAUAAGUAUAAAAAUA